AUGGCGACUGCCCGGUCCGCCAACGAGCUCAAGCAGCAGGGCGCUCUCGAAGCAUCGCGUGAUCCUGAAAGCAAUGUCAGCGCUGAAGAUGCCGAGCGCAAGAUUGUUGAGGACAGCAGAGAAGCUGGCGUAACGGCUUUCAUGUUUGAUCCAGAUGCCACUCCAGAAGAGAAGAGGGCUCAAGCCAGGGCUGCAAUACCCGAGGGUUUCCAUCACAGACCCAAAGGCGUGGCGAUCGUGACCGAUAUCGACGAGGAUGGCGCCAAGGCCGAUGUCGAUCUCCCAGAACCGUCCAAGGCCGGCGCGAUCGAAGUCCACAAGAACAAGGACGGGAAACCAGUCGAAGAUGGCCAGUUAGUUGAGGAGGACGAGGAUGAUUGGAGCAAAACCGGAUGGGCUCCCCGGUUUGGAUGGCCUACCGAGUCGGCACACGAGGGGGAAAGCAUGUUGGAUCACACAACAUGGGUCGAGUCGCAGAUCCCUGAACAAUUCUUUGGCGACUGGUAUCACAACGCCGCCGUCAUUGCGUUUGCCUGCAUCGCUUCAUGGCUCGUAGCAGUCCUCGGGGGCGGUCUUGCUUGGGUCUUCAUUGUCAUGGCUAUUUGCUCGACCUACUACCGUACUUCGAUCCGCCGCGUGCGCCGCAACUUCAGGGAUGACAUUACGCGUGAGAUGGCUUUGAAAAAGCUGGAAACCGACCAUGAGUCCGUCGAGUGGAUAAACUCAUUCCUGGUCAAGUUUUGGCCCAUCUACCAGCCGGUCCUCGCUCAGACCGUUAUUAAUUCGGUCGACCAGGUCCUGAGUACGGCCACACCGGCGUUCUUGGACAGUCUGAAAUUGAAGACCUUCACUCUCGGUUCGAAGCCGCCCCGAAUGGAGCACGUCAAGACUUAUCCCAAGGCCGACGACGACGUUGUCAUCAUGGACUGGAUGUUCAGCUUCACCCCCAACGAUACCGCCGACAUGACGGCCCGCCAGCUCAAGAACAAGAUUAACCCCAAGGUUGUUUUGGAAAUCCGAGUGGGCAAGGCCAUGGUGAGCAAGGGCUUGGACGUUAUCGUAGAGGACAUGGCCUUUACCGGCCUGAUGCGCCUCAAGAUCAAGCUGCAAAUGCCUUUCCCCCAUGUCGAGAAGGUUGAAAUGUCCUUCCUGGAGAGGCCGACGAUCGAUUAUGUUUGCAAACCGCUCGGGGGUGAAACCUUCGGAUUCGACAUCAACUUCAUCCCGGGGCUUGAGAGCUUCAUCAUGGAGCAGAUACAUGGUACCCUCGAGCCCAUGAUGUAUGCGCCAAACGUCUUUCCAAUCGAGGUAGCCAAGAUGCUGGCCGGCACCCCCGUCGACCAGGCAAUCGGAGUCGUCGCCGUCACGCUCCAUGGUGCCCAAGGGCUGAAGAACACUGACAAGUUCUCCGGCACGCCUGACCCGUAUGCCGUGGUGUCCUUGAACAGGAGGCAGCCGCUCGCCCAGACCAAAGUGGUCAAGGAGAAUGCCAAUCCUCGCUGGAACGAGACGCACUACAUCAUCAUCACCUCCUUCAAUGAUUCCCUUGACAUCGAUAUUUACGACUAUAAUGACAUCAGAAAGGACAAAAAACUGGGCUCCGCCUCCUUCUUAUUGGAGAACCUCGAGGAAGUCUAUGAGCAUGAAAAUGAGAGACUGGAACUCAACCACGACGGCAAGGCGAGAGGGAUGCUGCUCAUGGAUGUCCGCUUCUUCCCUGUCCUGGAGCCCAAAAAGCUUGAAGAUGGGAGCCUGGAACCACCUCCCGAAUCCAACCAAGGUAUUUUGCGGUUCACCGUUGAACAAGCCAAGGAGCUUGACGGCAACAAGAGCAUGUCCGGUCUUCUCAACCCAUAUGCAAUGCUUCUUCUGAACGGAAAGGAGGUCCACACCACCAAGAAGCUUAAGCGGACGAACAAUCCCAUCUGGGACAAUGGAUCCAAGGAGAUCCUGAUCACGGAUAGAAAGCAUGCCAAGCUUGGAGUCGCAAUCAAGGACGACCGCGACAUCGCCGGGGAUCAGGUCAUCGGAACCUACCAGAUCAAACUCGAGGAUAUGCUUGAAUUGAUGGGAAAGGGGCAAGAAUGGUACAACCUUGCGGGCACCAGGACUGGCCGCGUGAAAAUGAUGGCUCAGUGGAGACCUGUGGCUAUCUCGGGCAUCGCUGCUGGCACAGGAGGAUACAUGACUCCUAUUGGUGUUAUGCGCUUGCACUUCAAGCAUGCCAGGCAGCUACGUAACUUGGAGGCCCUGGGCAAAUCCGAUCCCUAUGUACGGGUCGUCUUGUCAGGCAUUGAGAGAGCUCGUACCGUCACGUUCAAAAACAACCUCAAUCCCGACUGGGACGAGGUUCUCUACGUGCCAAUACAUUCUCCACGGGAACGCCUGCAGCUUGAGGUCAUGGAUGCCGAGAACAUGGGCAAAGACCGCAGCCUUGGUCUCACGGAGAUUUCCUCGGGUGAUUACAUGGCGCAAGAUGAAAACGGCGAGUGGUUAGUCCACGACAAGAAGGAAGUACGUGAAGACGGCCUACGACUCCACGGCAAAGGUACCGCCAAGGGUGUGCUCACUUACACUGUGGCAUUCUAUCCGACCAUCAAUGUCGCCGACCCCGAAGACGAGGAGGAAAAGCAGAAGGAGGAGAAUGAGAAGGCAAAAGAAGCCGGAAGCGAGAAGGACGGUUCUGCCCAGGGUAGGCAAUCCCUCGACGUGCCGCGACCUUCGGAUGCCAGCAAAUUCUCGCCCACACUGGACCAGGAGCCCAGCACACCACGCACACCCACGACGCCCAGCUCUGCCGUGUCCCCAAGGAAAUCAAGAGACGACAGGGAGCCGCCAAAGGUCUACCUCACACCGCAAGAGCUGCUUCAACAAGAAUCCGGUUUUGUCAUCUUCAGACUCAUGGAAGCAGACUUACCAAAGAGUCAGACCCGAAUCGAGGUCUUUGUUGACGAUAUGGCAUUCCCUUCCUAUGUCUCCUCGACAGCCAGGUCACGGACGCACAAGUUUGACGAGAUGGGCGACUGUUUCAUCCGCGAGUUGGAAUUUUCAAGAUUAACCAUCAAAGUUUCGGAGAGGACGGACAAACAAGACGGUGGCAACGAGCACACUCUGGCACGUUUGUCGGGUAACACCCUCGACACCCUUAAACAAUGCUUGAACAACCCGACGACACUCAAGAUGAAGGACGAGGAUGGCGAUGUGUACUCCAUCAAGGUCAGCCUCAAGUACGUGCCGGUGAAGAUGAAGCUCGACCCGAGCGAGAGCAUCAACAACAUGGGUAAUCUCCGGGUUGAUGUCCUGGACGCCCAGGACCUCCCGUCUGCUGAUGCCAACGGCAAAAGUGACCCGUAUGUCAAGUUUGAGCUGAACGGCCAGGAGGUGUUCAAGACGAAGGUGCAAAAGAAGACGCUCCACCCAGUUUGGAAUGAAUUUUUCAACGUCCCCGUCCCUUCUAGGACCGCCGCCAAGUUCUCUGCCUCGGUGUGGGACUGGGAUUUUGCCGACAAGCCCGACUUUUUGGGUGGUGCUGAUAUCAACUUGGAGCAACUAGAGCCGUUCAAAGCUCAAGAAUUCAAGUAUGCCCUUGACGGCAAAUCUGGUGUGCUCCGCCUCCGCCUGCUCUUCACGCCUGACUACGUGACGCGGACGAGACAGGGGACAUCGACGUUUGCGGGCACAUUCUCCAGGCCAACCAAGAUCAUGACGGGCGUUGCCGGGGCACCAAUCAAGGGAGGAGCCAUGGUUGCCGGGGUAGUCGGCCACGGUGUCGGCAAGGGUGCAUCGUUCCUCAAGCGCGGCUUCCGCGGCAAGAAGGAUGACGAUAGCGACGCAUCUAGCUCGAUAGAUAUUCCGGUCAUCACGACGAACGGCCCCGAACCGACACCCGGGAUGGGCUUAAAGCGAUCGACAGCUUUUGAGGAGUCGCCGCCACAGACCAAGGCUCCGGGGCCGGUUAACGGCGGGCUCUCGCUGCACCACCACCGGACUCGAAGUGCGGGGGCGUCGUCGAUUCACAGCGCUAUAGUACCUGGAGCAUCAUCGGGCACCGCAUCCUUCACCAUCGUGUCGGCAUCGGGCUUCCCGUCUGCUGAUAUUUAUGUCACUGUGACGCAGAUCAAAGACGGCAAGACCAAGCAGGUUGGCAAAACUAAACACCGCAAAUCGCCGGACGGGGCCGUGAAAUUCGACGAGACGUUCAAGAUACAGUGCACUCCUGACGCGCAGUUCAAAGUGGAGGCGAAGGAGCACCAUACCUUUGGCAGCGACAAUGCGCUUGGCGAGACAUUCUAUGUUGUGGAUGACUCCAACACGGGCCAGGAGAAGAGUCUCCCCGUUGGUUCCGGCAAGGUGGUGAUAAAGAGCUCCUUUACGCCAGCUGAGGAGCGCUUGGCUCCUGACAGCCCCAAGUCAAUGGUAGGGGCCAAUUUCGCACUCUUGCUAAAUAGCAUGGAGGACCAUGAAGCGGCCGUCAAGGCUAUCGUACUGCGGACGCGCAGAUUCUACGAAACCAAGACAAGAUUCAGGGUCUAUCACGGGUCGACCAACAGCACCCGCCGCUCUCAGCGACGACAGGACAAGACAAUCGACACCAGCUGCCUCAACCAUGUGCUGGAAGUGGAUAGGGAGAAGAAAACAGUCAUAGUUGAGCCGAAUGUGCCCAUGGACGCUCUUGUCAAAGCCACACUCGAGCAUGGCCUGGUUCCCUUGGUCGUGAUGGAGUUCCCGGGCAUCACGGUGGGCGGAGGCUUCUCCGGGACGUCGGGCGAGAGCAGUUCGUUCCGCUACGGUGCCUUUGAGACCAUUGUCAACUGGAUCGAGAUUGUCUUACCAGCCGGUGAUAUUACGAGGGCGUCCAAGACGGAAAAGCCGGAUCUCUUCUGGGGAGCCGCCUCGGCUUUUGGCACUCUGGGUGUUGUCACUCUGUUGGAGGUCCAGCUGCGGGACGCCAAACCAUACGUCGAGCUGACCUACCGGCUGGUCAGGGAUUUUGCCGAGGUCGUAGAAGUCUUACAAGCCGAAACUUCGCAGGGAACGACAAACGACUACGUGGACGCCGUCACCUUCUCGCUCAACUCAACCCUGAUCUGCACCGGCCGUCUUGUUGACGCUCUCCCCAAUUCCACCACGGCGCCGCGCCGCUUCCUGCGCGCCCGCGACCCCUGGUUCUACGUGCAUGCGCAAGGCACCGAACGACAGCUUCAGCAACAAGGUUCGGCAACCGUGACCGACCACGUGCCGCUGGUGGACUACCUCUUCCGGUGGGACCGCGGCGGGUUCUGGACGGGGCGCUACGCGUUCCGGUACUUCCUAACGCCCUUCAACCGGAUCACGCGGUUCCUGCUCGACUCGCUCUUGCGCGCGCGUGUCAUGUACCGGGCCCUGCACCACAGCGGCCUGGCGGAUUUCUACGUCGUCCAGGACGUCGGCGUGCCCUACGCGGCCGCGGCCGACUUCGCGGGCUGGCUGGACCGUAACCUGCAAGGGGUGUACCCGCUGUGGCUGUGUCCGUUGCGUAUCAGGCGGGACGGUGGUGGGGAGGGACAGCAUGGGUUGCAUGCUGCGUUUGCGGACCCGGAGGCUACGCCGGAGGGGAUGCUGAAUUUUGGGGUUUGGGGUCCCCUAGGCGGGAAGUCUUUCAUGUUUAGUUUGUUGGAUAGGAGGGAGUGUGUGAGGCUGAACAGGGCGCUGGAGAGCAAGGUGCAUGAGCUGGGCGGGAAAAAGUGGCUCUACGGGCACGCGUACUAUACCGAGGACGAGUUUUGGGGGCACUACGACAGGGCGUCGUACGAUGCGCUCAGGGAAAGGUAUGGGGCUGACUAUCUGCCGAGUGUCUAUGACAAGGUCAGGGUAGAUGUGGACGCUGAGGCGGCGGCGGUGAAGUCGUUGUCGUGGCUUGCGCGGGUCAGGGCCGGGGUAUGGACGGUCUGGCCGUUGAGGGGCCUGUACGGUGUUUGCAAGACCGUGGUGGGUAGUGACUAUCUGUUGCAAAGGGGAAAGGUGAAGAAGAAGCAGAAUCGGUGA